AUGAGCCAGCCCCGACCCCCAGGCCUAGAGGAGGCUGCCCUUGAGACCCUCCUGGGCGACCUCAUCGGCUACUACAAAGAGGAGGCAGGGGCGGGCUGGCUCCGGGUCUGCAGGCAAGCAGCCCUCAUCCACAGGGCCCAGCAGCUCUUGGACACGGGAGCCCCCACUCAGUUCUAUCUGCCUGAGCUUCUGGUCCCUGGUCCGGGCACCACUCACUCCUGGGGGGCACCCAGCCCUGCCCAGAGUGUCCGCCACGAACUGGUGCAGGCGCUAGAGUUCCUGGAGCUCAUAUCUGUCAACCUACUUCUGUUUCCCUGGAGGAAGGAAAUCAGGUCCCUAAAGACAUACACUGGGAACUUCGCCUACCGGGUGCAGCCUGUACUCUCCGAAUACACGCUGCACACCCUUCUGGGCAGGCUGGGCUAUGCAGCCACCUCCGAGGCGGAGUUUUCGUUGGUCCAGGCCAUCAGCAAGGAGGACGCCAAGCAGAUGGUGUUUGAGAUCUUCCUGGCGAGAGUUGCAUGUGAGGCCAUUCUGGAAACCUCGAGCAGGCAGGUGCUGGAACUGGGCAGAGAGAAACUGGCCAGGCCCCACUCCAGGCACAGCUCAGGGAGAAGGCUGGUGAAGGCCCACAACUGUCCCGAGAGGGCCCAGCCAGGCCCAGGGCCCCCAGAAGGGCUGGGGUCUGAAAGGGCCCUGGACGAGGGCCCUGACCAUCAAAGCGCUGUGCCGGUGGCCCUGAGUCCGCCUGAGGUCUCGACGUUCCCCCGCACCCCUCUUGCUGGCCCCCUGCUGCAGCGCCACACCAGCACACGCUCAGACAGUGAGGAGUUCUUGACCUGCUACAGUGACCUUGUUCUGCACCGGACACCCUUGUUCCCCAAGGACCUUCUCCUGAGCAGCUUGAAGGGAGACCAAGUCCAGGACCCAGCCCAGGCUCCCAGCCCCCCUUCAGGUGAAGCAGUCACCUCCUUAGCUAGCAGCGGUGAGUGGUCCCCGGUCCCUGAUGCAGCUCCUGAGAACAGAGUGGUCACCGUACCCAGCCAGCUCUGCCUGACACCAAGUCCCCAACUGUCAGGGAAGUCCUUGGACCCAAAGCCAGAAGCCCAGGCAGAGCCGGCCACCCCUGACACCGACACUGUUCCUCCAAACACUUCCUCUGAGAUGCAUGAGCUCUGUGAAUGCCUGUCCCAUCUCCUUGGACCCCCAACUCUAAGCUGCUCCGCGCCCCCCGGUGCCACCAGCCCUGCCUGCCGCACAGGGAGAGCAACCCACGUCCAUGCAAGCCAGGCACCAGCCAUCUCGUGGGACACAGCUGGCCUGCGAGAUCUCGGCCCCCUGCCCUGGCCGCUGCAGACACACGGCAUCCGCUCCACGUGCCAGAGCAAGAGGAUGGCACCAAGACGGAGAAGUGACAGCAGCUCCGGCAAGGCCUUCAUCACCAAGGAGACCGAGCACCAGUCAGAAGCCUGCACAGGAUUCUCCUAA